ACUUUGUUUACUACCGUCUAUGUCGUGUCCGCUGUGUCGACAUAGCAUGACACACACUGGCGUAACUGGUUGUAGGAGGACAUGCGCUGACAGUGUAGUUAACGGUUGUGUUUGCGUGGCCUGUGAUGUUAAACCGCAGCUAACAGUGUGGCCUACCGAGAGAAAACGCCUACAUUGAUGUUGGUAGGUGUUAAUGAUAGAUGGUCACACACGCUAGUGUGACUGUUGUGUCUAGAGUGUGACUGUUGUGUCCACAGUCAAAAGCCGUUUGGUCAGAGGCACGCUGAUAAUCCUAAUUAAUAUGUAUCCAGCUCCACUAAUCACUGUAGCUUUGCAUGGUACAUGCUUGUACAUUGACAGGUCACUUUAUUAGGUACACAGUGGCAGCACAGAAUCAAGUGGCACUUCUGCUGCCGAAGACCAUCUUCUUCAAGAUGUCGUUCUGGUUAGGUUUGACAUGGGGAGUAAAAUGUCCUUCAGCAGAGGAAGCAGUGACCCAAACACAUCCUCUGAAGUAACUUCUGUGACACCUCAUCCUCACAGUACCAUUCUUGCUUCUACGGACUACAAGCAGAUACCUGAAGAUGAGAGAUGCACCGAGUCUGACUUGGAUUCCAGACGGGGAGAGGAAAUGAAAGCUUCAGAACUGACUGAAACUGUUGCUGAGGCCAACUCAUCAUGGAACAUGGAGUCUGACAACCAUUGCCAUGUUGACUCAGAAACAGGCAAUGGAACAAAUAAUCAGGAUGAGCACGUAUCAUCACAGGUAGAGGUGGAAGCGAAGCCUCAGGUGACACCUGUGAUUGUGUGCAACUCGACAACAGACAUUCAUAGACAGACUAUGGAGGCCCACAAAAAAUGUGGGCGCCACCAUAAAGUGAAAUUGUGGUUGAGUGAAAACAAAAUAGAUCUGUAUACUGGAGCUGAUGCAGUUCAGCACAAGGACAUCAGCACAACUCUACCUUUGCCAGCAUGCUUAGAAAACCAUGGCAGUAGUGAUGUGCCUGACACUGUUGACGGUCCAUUAAACAACAGUUCUGAUCCUCACUCUGUGCCUGAUGAAAAUGUAAAAGAUGUGUCUGUGCUGCCAAAAAAAAGAAGAGCAAGGCAUAGGAAAUCAGAAGUUGAAACUUUGAAAAGCACCCUUACUUAUGUAGAUGCUGAUGCUAGUGUACCUGCUGUCUCUGCUCAUGUCGGUGAUAUUAGUGUUCCUGCUCGGAGGCUGAGGAGUAGAGGGGAGCAGCGACCUUUGGUACGAGCUGAAAACGGUGAAUUGGAUGAGAAGAAAACUAAACUGACUCCCCCCAAACCUACCAAUCAGUCCAUUAUACAAGAUGUUAAAAGAAGAAGGCGUAAACCGGCUGAUCAGCAAGUUCCAGCUAAAGUGUCCAAACUGGAUGAUUUCCAGGAAACUUCAUCAGUGUUGAACAAUGAUGCAGGCUGUGAGGAGGGAGCAGAGGCAGAUAAACAGGAACUAAAUACUGACAAACAAGUGGAUGAUGGAGAUGAAAAGGGUGUCGAGUGUUCCUCACAGUCAAGAAUGGUGCAAGAGCAUCAGGCAGACCUGAAUGAAGUCGCAUUACCACAAAUAAAACAGUAUUCUCCAGCAGCAGCAACAGCUACACCUGAUGUUUUUCCAUCAGAGGAUUUAAGCAGUCUGAACAUGGCAAGUCCUACUCAAAAUGAUGAACUUAAAAUAUCAGAGUCAAAAUCAACAGGUACUCUUGACUCGCUAGAAAAUGUAAACAUGCAGAAUACAGAUCCCUUCAGCUCUGCUGAAAUAACGUCCUCUGAAGAAACACCUAAAUCUGUCAGGAGCCUUCCUGCUGUGAAAAGUGAGACUAUAGAGGUUGAGCUGGAUCAAUUCAAUCCUGUGUCUGAGGCAAGCAAACCUAAAUCUUUAGAACCAUGUGCCACUUCCACUGUUAAAUCUGAGGGUCUGAACAGUCAACAAAUCACAUUCAGGCGUAAACGAGGUGGAAAGAGAAGGAGGAGAAUAAGUAAUGUGUUGUUACAGAGUCGGCAACUUGGAGAGGACCAUAAAGACAGCACUGACGCUGAACUCCAAGAAGCCAAGUCAGACGCCGACACAGAUGCCACCUACGCUAAUAUGAGAAGUAAAACGCUAAUGAAGUGUGAAUACUGUGGUCGCCCAUUUAAAUUUCUGUCUCAGUUCAUCAUUCAUCAAAGGAUUCAUACUGGAGAGAGGCCAUACAAAUGUCCACAGUGUGGCAAAGGUUUCAGCAAAAAUUCUAAUUUAAAUCUGCAUCUCAAGACGCACAGUAAGAGCAACAUCUAUCAAAAAUGCCCGUUUUGCAAGAUAAAAUUCUCUUGCACCGAGUAUGAGUCUCAUAUGACGAUGCAUGCACAAGAGCUGGCGCAGCACGCAGUGAACAACAAAUCUGAGAAGGAGAGCCAAGGGAACAACGAUGAAAACAGCCUGGGAGCUCACACAUCUGUGCCCCCAGUAAAGAGACAGAGAAAAGAGUGCCAGUACUGUGGUAAAACAUUCCCAUUUCAGUCUGCCCUUAUACGACAUGUGCGUGUCCACACAGGAGAGAAACCUUAUAAAUGUGAUAUAUGUGGCAAAGCUUUCGGUCAGGCCUACUUCCUCCGUGUUCAUGAGCUGACGCACUGGUCUGUGAAGCGUUACAACUGCACACGUUGCGAAAAGUCUUUCACUCAUUAUAGCAAUGCAAAAAAUCACACCUGUAGGCCAAUGGGAGGCUACGACAACCUCCAGCCUGACGGCAGUGAAAAGCCUUCACUGACGUACACGUGCCACAUUUGCAAGAAUGUUUUUGGCCAUUUACAGGAGUUCAACAGUCACAUGAAAGCCCACACUGGCACAAAACUUUACCGCUGUUUGUACUGUGACAAGCUGUUUGCCAUGCUGUCUGAGUUUAACAGCCAUCACGACCAGUGCAAAGAUUACUUGUCCAGAGCUGGAAACCUGUCCAGCUCUGCCAUAAAGGAGGAAGAGAGGAUGUCGUUAAUUCAGUACACAGUGCCUGCUCUAAGGUGUUCAUCAGGACACAGUUUACCUUCACCUCUACCUGCUGCCAACUAUGAAACACAGAAAAAACUGUUGCAACCUGUCCGCAAGAAACGCACCACUAAGAAACCGUUCCAGACGACAGUCAUACCGACUAAUUGUGUCUCACACUUUGUGUCAAAGUUAAACAAACUGGACAACAGGUCCGACCCCAGGAAAUAUCUCUGUCCGCGUUGUGGGCGACUGUUCAGACACAUGGGCAGACUCCGAGCCCACAUGCUCACUCACGCCUCGGGUCAGAGUUUCACUUGUGCCUGUUGUGGUAAGACCCUAGAGAACUGGAAAAAGCUCUGGCAUCACCAGAGAAUCCAUCGACAGAGACGCGGCCGCUUCACUUGUCCUCAGUGUGGACAAGGUUUCCGAUUUGUAGAGCACUACAAAAAACACAUGAGCGAGCAUCCGGAGUUCCGGUGGGUUGAGGUCAGGCCUAAGAAAGUGUCUCUUCCGUAUCAGUGUGAGCAGUGCAGGAGCAGCUUUAAGACUCUGGACUUACUGUUCAGUCACCAGCUCUGCCAUUCGACAUCGCAAGACACACACAGGGACAUUGAUUUAUGUCUCGAUGAUCACAGUACACAGACAAACAAAAAAACAUUUGUGCCAUCCACUAACAACCAUAUAGUUACCUUACAUCCUGAACCUGAGGACCACAGCCUUCCUCCUGAUCCUAGUGAGUCUUCUCCAGUGUCCAUGAUUUCUUUUGGCCAAAAUCAGGAUGUUGAUUUGGGUAGAACAUACCUAUGUGAAAGCAGCCAGCCUUUAAUCCAAUAUAGAGGUACCAGCCACACGAUAGAAGUUGAAAAUGCACUUGGAAAACCCAUUACACCUCUGAGGACUGUAAAACAAUGCACAACUUCAGAUGGCAUCGAGUGUGCCAUGUGUGGUAAUGUGUAUUCUGCAAUUUCCGACCUUUAUCACCAUUAUUUGCAGCAUGCUAGAGGCCAGGUGUAAUAACGUAAAUGGAUGUUUGGUUUUCUGUCUCUGUGUCACCUUAACAGUGUUUAACACAGCGGUGCUGUAGUCUUGGAGUGGAACAUAUGAACAACGUUGCCAGUCGCACACCUGCAAAAUAUUUAAAAGAAAAGAAAGUGUGAAGAUGUCCACUGAAUGUCCAAAGAGUGAAGAGACUUUCUGUGAUGUUAAUCAGGCAGUGAAUUUUGAGCUUUGGUUACGAUAUAACUACAUUUCUUUUGAUCAAAUGUGAGGAGAGAAAAAAAUCCUAAAUGUGUUUUUGGAAGGGGAACCGAAAUCCAGUAUGAGAUGCAGCAAAUACACUCAUGGCCAAAUUAUUAGGUACACAAGACACCACUGUAGUCCAUCUGCCUCAAGGUUUGACACGUGUGUUUAAAGAUGGUGCUUUUCGUACCUUGGUUGUAUGUAUGAUUAUUAUUUGAGUUACUGUUGCCUUUCUAUUGUUUCAAACCAUUCCAGCCUCUGGCAUCGACAAGGCAUUCUUACCCACUCAUUGGAUACUUUAUCUUUUUUAUUCUGGAUCAUUGUCUAUAAACCAUGGAGAUGGUUGUGUGUGAAAAUUCCAGUAGAUCAGCAAUUGCUGGAAAAACUCAGAACACCCUCUCUGGCACAAAAAAACGUGCCAUGUUAAAAGUCCACCUUUCUUCUCUUUUCUGAUGGCACAGUUUGAGCUUCAGGUGGUCGUCUUGACCAUGCGUCAUGACGACCAUGGCUGAUUAGAUAACGAGUAUGCCUAAUAAAGUGGCCCGUGAGUGUAUUUUAAACAUGAAGACGACUGAGUGAUGAUGCAUUGCCACAAUCAUGUAAUAGGUUUUGAUCGCAGGAAUUACAGUUGUUAGUGAUCACAUUGAACAUCAUAAAGUCAUCAUUGCUGUGGAAAUUCUGACAAGAACUGUAAGAAAGUUUGCUACAAGACGAUCAGGAAUUUGGGAAUUUAUAUAUUAAAUUAGCCCAUUCUCUCAUUGUUUUCCUUGUACAUUUUGGUCACUUAAAAUUUGGUCAAUAACUCGAAUGGAACAAAUUUACCUCAUAAUGUUUAUUUCCUGUAUGUGGCUGUGAAUGUUAUAUAUACAUAUAUAUAUAUCAAAUAUCACUAUCAUACGGAAACUCUCAACUAAUGCAAAUCAAACUGUUGUGCAGAAUUCAAUCCCACAUUUGUUUUGGAGCUGAAUGGAAAUUCAUCUUCAUUUUGUAUUUUGUAUCACUUUCAAUAUCAGUGUCAGCAUCUGUCUUGUGAUAUGUGCCUGCAAUCAAGUGAUUCAAGUUUUUUCCAGACAUUCUGCAGCAGUUUGUUUUGUUUGUUUUUCUGUUGGUUAAACAUUCACUAUUUUUGGAAAUAUAUAUAUAUUUUCAUGCUUUGAUGUCACGCCUGAUUCCCUCAUACACACCCUUAUCUGUUGUACAUGGGUAGUUUGUCUUCAAACUAAUAAAGGUCACUUUUUUCAUUCA